AUGCAAUCAAGAUACUCUUUGUUAACUGCUGCUUCAUUAGUUGGUUCUUCAUUAGCUGCUUACAUUCCAUCUGAACCAUGGUCAACUUUAACUCCAGAAGCUCCAGCUCCAUCUGGUGCUACUACUGAAUAUACCAAAACUUUCGGUAUUGCUGUUGUUCCAAUUGCUACUACUUCAGCUGCUCCAAAAGCUAAAAGAGAUGUUAUUUCUCAAAUUGGUGAUGGUCAAAUCCAAGCUACUACUUCAGCUGCUGCUUCAAACUCAGCUAAACCAACUGCUCAAGUUAUUUCACAAAUUGGUGAUGGUCAAAUUCAAGCUACCACUUCAACUGCUUCAGCUCCAAAACAAACUGCCCAAGUUGUUUCUCAAAUUGGUGAUGGUCAAAUUCAAGCUACUACUUCAACUGCUUCAGCUCCAAAACAAACUGCUCAAGUUGUUUCACAAAUCGGUGAUGGUCAAAUCCAAGCUACUACUUCAACUUCUGCUCCAAAAGAAUCUGCUCAAGUUAUCUCACAAAUUGGUGAUGGUCAAAUUCAAGCUACUACUGCUACUACUUCUACUGAUGUUGUUUCACAAAUCGGUGAUGGUCAAAUCCAAGCUACUUCAACUUCUGGUGCUGCUGAACCAAGUUCAACUGGUGCUCAUAAAUCUGGUGACUUAGAAAUCCAAUCAACUUCAUGUUUAACUGAUGAAUCAUUAGCUUUAACCUUAAAAGAUUCCAUUUUAACAGAUGCUAAAGGUAGAUUAGGUGCUAUUGUUGCAAACAGACAAUUCCAAUUUGAUGGUCCUCCACCACAAGCUGGUUCAAUUUACGCUGCUGGUUGGUCAAUCACCAAAGAUGGUAACUUAGCUAUUGGUGACAAUGAUGUUUUCUACCAAUGUUUAUCAGGUAGUUUCUACAACUUAUAUGAUGAAAAUGUUGCUGAACAAUGUACUGCAAUCCACUUAGAAAUUGUUGAUUUAGUUUCUUGUUAA